UACUAGCUUUUACUUAGCCGGCUAAAGCUGCUUUUCUGAAUACAUAUUGGCCAAUCGAAUGGCCAUAUUCAUGCUAAAGCUAAUUAAACAAGCACAGUUUCACUGGAAUCGAUGUUCCUGCCGAUACGGUCAACAUCUGAAUUGUACUAGACAAAGAAGCUGCAACGUAGCUAAGGGGAAGGUUUCACUAGCUUGCUAAUAUGAUUGAACUGUUCAGAGCGGCAACUGUUUCGCUGUGUGAUUAGCCAACUAGCCUCGUAACUAUGAUCAGAAGAUAUCUCUAGCCAGUGACCAAGAUAUACGUUGUUUUUCACAAACGAUCUUACCUAGCAAGCAAGGUCAUCAGGAGGUUGGCAGCUGUAUUUAUGCAACAAUGAAGAUGUUUUCCGUCUCCCACAAGACGGCCUUUGUGGUGGACCACUGUCCCUACAUGGCCGAGUCGUGCCGGCAACAGGUAGAGUUCGACAUGCUGACCAAGAACCGCGCGCAAGGGGUGAUCCCGCUGGCACCCGUCUCCAAGUCACUGUGGACCUGCGCCGUGGAGUGUUCCAUGGAGUACUGCCGAAUACUUUACGACAUUUAUCCAACAAAAAAGUUGGUAAACUACAUUGUGAGUGAUUCAGAGUUCCACAUUCUCAACAGCUGGAACCAGGAGGAUCAGAACACCCAAGAGUUGAUGGCUGCGCUGGCAGCUGUAGGGCCACCUAACCCCCGUGAGGACCCAGAGUGUUGUAGCAUCCUGCAUGGAUUAGUGGCGGCAGUGGAGGCCCUCUGCAAGAUCACAGAGUAUCAGCACAAGGCGCGCACUGCGCUCAUGGACACAGCAGACCGCGUCUGCAACAGAGGCCGGAUCAUCUGCCUCACCAACGCCAAGAGUGACACUCAUGUCCGAAUGCUGGAGGACUGCGUCCAGGAGACCAUCCAGGAGCAGAAUAAGCUGGCAGCCGGCUCAGACCGACUCAUGCAGAUUCAGCAGUGUGAGCUGGUUCUGAUCCACACCUAUCCGUUAGGCGAGGACACCCUGGUCUCCGACCGGCCCAAGAAAGAGAUCUCCUCUGUCCUCACCAGCGAGGUGCACAGCGUGCGAGCCGGCCGGCACCUUGCCUCCAAGCUGAACAUCUUGGUGCAGCAGCACUUUGACCUGGCCUCCACCACCAUCACCAACAUCCCCAUGAAGGAAGAGCAGCACGCAAACACGUCAGCCAAUUACGACGUCGAGCUGCUCCAUCACAGGGAUGCCCACAUGGAGUUUAUCAAGAGCGGUGACUUGCACCCGGCCGGCAGCACGAGCCGGGACAGCGGCCUGAAAGAGACGGUGACGCUGAAAUGGUGCACCCCUCGCACCAACAGCGUGGAGCUUCACUUCUGCACUGGAGCCUAUCGGAUUUCACCAGUAGACGUGAACAGCCGGCCCUCCUCUUGUCUGACAAACUUUCUUUUGAACGGUCGCUCCGUGCUGCUCGAGCAGCCACGGAAGUCGGGGUCGAAGGUCAUCAGUCACAUGCUCAGCAGCCAUGGUGGAGAGAUCUUCCUGCACGUGCUCAACAGCACCCGCUCCACCCUGGAGGACCCGCCCUCCAUCAGCGAGGGGUGCGGGGGUAGGGUGACGGACUACCGCAUCACUGACUUUGGGGAGUUGAUGCGGGAGAACCGGCUGACGCCCUUCCCAGAGUCCCAGAGCUCAGGGUCCUCUGGGAAGCUCCCUUCGGAGAGAGCCAAGGACCAGCUGGAGCGUCACACUCGCUACUGGCCCAUGAUCAUCUCCCAGACCACCAUCUUCAACAUGCAGGCUGUGGUGCCGCUGGCCAAUCUGAUCGUGAAGGAGAGUCUGAGCGAGGAGGACGUGCUCACCUGCCAGAAGACCAUCUACAACCUGGUGGACAUGGAGAGAAAGAACGAGCCCCUUCCCAUCUCCACCGUGGGCACCAGAGGCAAGGGGCCUAAAAGGGACGAGCAGUACCGCACCAUGUGGAACGAGCUGGAGACGCUGGUGCGGACCCACGUGAGCAGCAGCGAGCGGCACGUGCGCGUGCUGGAGUGCAUCACCGCCUGCCGCAGCCGCCCGCCCGAGGAGGAGGAGCGCAAGAAGAGGGGGAGGAAGAGGGAGGACAAGGAGGACAAGGCCGAGAGGAACGGCAAGGACUCCGAGGCCGACAAGAGCUGGCAGGAGACGGAGAGACUAAAGGGUGCACUAGAGCGUGAGAAGGAGGAGCUUGCAGAGUCUGAGGUCAUAAAGGACUCCCCCGACUCUCCGGAGCCACUCAAUAAGAAGCCCCGCCUGGCAGUGGACGAGAUUCAGAUGCCUGAGAAAGCCAAAGGUCCAGUUUCACUGCUCACAUUGUGGACCAACAGGAUCAACACAGCCAACUCCAGGAAGCACCAGGAGUUUGCAGGACGAAUUAACUCUGUCAACAACAAAGCUGAACUGUACCAGCACCUCAAAGAAGAAAAUGGAAUGGACGUGCACGAGAACGGGAAGGCCAACAGAUGAUGCAGAUAUCCUGGGACACGCCAUCUUUCGUUGGAAAAACCGUUGAAAAAAGGGCCUCAUUGUAAUUGUACAGGAAACUAUUUUACAGUGAAAUGUCAAGUAUGAAUUGAGCGUGGCUGGACACUUGAUCCUUCUUUUUACCCUGUACUAUACAGAGAUUGAGUGUUUUCGGUAAGAUGAAAUGAUAGCUUUUUAAAGUUUUUUUUACACACGUGUGUUUAUACCGAUGCUUUCUGAGAUCUGUGGGAUGAAAUAAACAG